AAAAGUUGUGAAAUAACGUCUCCUCACUUUUGAUUGAUGCCCGCAUUUUUCAGCAAACUAAUAAAUAUAGGCUAUGUUCGUAAAUUUACUAAAAACAUAUGAUCUAUGAACGUAUUCUAUAGAUUUUCAGUACUGACAGUGAAUUUACACAGCCAUAAUAUGUGUGUACAUACACCAAUUAAUUUAAAACGGCGUGUACAUUAAUCGAUUAGUUGCUAGAACGUGUCUAAACAGUUAGAAAGGUUGUAUUACAUAAAAAUUUUCAUAAAAUUUAUUAAAAUGGGUGGUUGUUCUGCGCCAAACUGCAACAAUUCUUCAAAAAAAGGAUAUACUAUGAAAGUUUUCCCCCGUGAUCCUGAACGAAGAGCAAAAUGGGCAGCAAAUGUAGGACGACAAUAUUGGAAACCAACGAAUUUUUCAUGUCUUUGCGAGGUUCAUUUUGAGCCAACAAUGUGGGAAAAAAGAAAUGAUGGCCUUAAGAAAUUAAAAUGUAAUGCAGUGCCAACAAUUUUUGGAUUUUAUUUAAAAAAACAGAGUAAUGAAAAGAAUGAAAGCAACAAUAGAAGCAACAAUAGAAGCAACUUGAAUCAAGAACAAUCUAGGACUGAUUAUAUACAAAAUAAUUUACAAGCUGAUUCUGAGGCAAUUAAAAAAUCAGAAAUUAAUCCUGGCUGUGAUGAUAUUAAUGUAACUGUCAUAGAAAGGAAUACUGAUCAGUUAUUUGAGAUGCAAUCAAUUACAGAAAAUACAAGUUAUAGCCAGCAAAAAUCAACACAAAAGGACAAAAUUACAGUAUUACAAAAAUGUGAAGAAUGCAAAAGUUUAUUGGACAAACAAGCAGUAGAAAUCAUGAUGUUAAGAAAGAGAUUGAAAAAGAUGAGAGAUGCUUUUAGAAAAGUAAAAAGAGAAAGUGACAAAAAUUUAUAUAAAACUCAAUUAAAACGAAUCUUUACGGAUGAUCAAAUUCAUGCUUUAUUAACAAAUUCUAAGAGAGUUCGACACUGGUCUAACGAUACGAUUAGAAAAGCAUUACGACUAAAAUUUGCUUGUGGUGAACGUGGUUAUAAAGAACUAAUAAAACAAAAUAUACCUUUACCAAGUAUUCAAAUGCUUCAAGUAUUCAAAUAAAAUUACAUAAGAAUUAGAGUUGUCAAGUGGAAUAAUUGGACAAUAUCUGCGAAUUUUUUAAGAUUAAGGUAUCACAGUUUCAAGAUGCAAGAGAUAAAUAAUGUUCUCUUAUUAUGGACGAAAUACGGAUUAUACCAGGAAAAAUAUUUGACACAACCACACAUUCUUAUUAUUUAAAAAGGGUUACACUGCCUAGUCAUACAGAUUCUGCACAAAGCAAAAUCAAUUUAAAUGUAAAUAAUAUUACAUCUGACAUGGAGUCGGGUAAUAUGGCAUUGUAGCGGGAAAUUGAAAUAACAGCAGGACAGCGGUAUUCACAAACAGAAAAAUAUAAGUUGCCUACAAAUACAGUACAUGCUAAUAACUUGAAGAAUUACUUAAUGAGCAAAAAGAUUUAUAAUUUUUGUUAAUGCAAAGAUUAAGUAAAUCUAUAGACUCUCAAAAAUCAGUAUCUAAAAAUGGGUAAAUAUAGUUUGUUUUAAGUACAAACGUUAGUAGUGCCUUGGAAUUUUUAGCAGAUGAGAAUAAUGCUUCUCAUUACUUGACAACAACAUGAUUUAUAAAUACAAUAAGUAUAGUUUAAAUUAAUGAUUUCGAGAUAUAUCUCUGUAGCUCUAAGGAAAUUACACAUAGAAAAAUUUAAUGAAAUUUCUUUCUUAUAUGAUUUUACUGAUUUUCAAAAAUUUAAAGAUUGAUAAUAAAGGACACUUUAAACCUGUUCAAAA